GUUGGUGAAAUGAUAAAACAAGAGAUAUGAAGUCAUUAUAUGUUCUUUCGUAGCAGUUGAUCUAUGACUGGCUCUAGUCUUCUUUGACGCACUCAGGGAUAUCUCAGCAGGUGGACGAAUCAUAUUCCUUAGCGAAAGACAAGAUUCUGCACUAUUAGCGAGCUAAUGUAUAGAUGACUCACGGAUAACAACAUUAGUAUCCCUAAUAAACUCCCAGCAAGGUUGCAUGCCAAUCUUUAUACCACUGCAUUGCAAUCAACAACCAUUCUCCCAAAGCAAUCAAAGAUGGCAUCCUCCUCAACACACAAAGCAUUCGGGAUUCCCGAAAUCCUCGAAAUGAUUCUCCUCAACCUGGACAUGCGCACGCUGCUUUGCAUUCAACGAACAUGCCGCUCCUGGUUAAGCAUGACCCGAGACUCGUCAGCCAUACAAAAAGCCCUAUAUUUUACACCCACAGAAAAUUCAGCCGGUCAAGGAAAAGUCCAGAAUCCCUUAUUGGUAGAAACAUUCCCAGCCCUUUUCAAAUUCAUGGACCCCGAUAACCCGGAAGACGACUAUGAAUACGACGAACCCACCCUCGCCGCCUUCGACAUAAUGAAAACUCCCUCCAAACUAGCUGCGUAUCUACGAUCAGAAGCAAGCUGGCGACGGAUGUUGCUCCAACAGCCGCCAAUGUGCAAUUUCGCAGUCUGCAGGUACUCAACUGGGGGAUACGGAUUCAGCCAUGCGUUUCUUGAGGUUCCUCAAGAUCCAAGAGUGUUCGCAGAUGGCUUGCGGAUGGGUGAUUUCUUUGAGGCGCUGUUGUUCGGCGACGAUGUCCGCUUUGCGACUUGUCGGCUGAAGCGUGUCAUAUGGUGGAAAGGAAUCCCGCAGAGCGGGCUGUCAAUCUGGACUGAGAUGGAGCUACUGAUGGGGAAGACAGUUGACUCUGAUAUUGUGGUCUCUCUCCAUUCGCAUAUUACUCGGUGUCAUGAUUCUGACGAUGAUGAUGAGACACCAGAGGAUGAGAAGGCGAUGGAUCGGAUUAAAGCGGCGUAUGAGGAGUGGGGGAUCCAGCCUAGGCAUUUGGGGAAGACCAACCAAUGGAGUCAUUCUGACUGGUGGGAAUAGCCAUUUACCUGGAAUUAUCAUAAAAAUAUAUGGACAGUAUGCCAG